AUGGGACUGAGGGUGCUUACACAGAUGCAAGUGACCCUGCUGCUGAUCAUUGCGUUAACAAGAACAGGAACUGAAGCUGCCGGGCAAGCCCUGUCCGGCUGCCCUGAUUCCUGCGGAAGUGUUUCAAUUCCAUACCCCUUUGGCGUAGGCGUGUCAAAAGUCACGGGUAAGGACUGUUACAUGGAGAAACACUUGAAUCUCACAUGCAAAGAAUCCAUUCUAUACGCAGGUAACGUUCAAAUUCUGAACAUAUCCCUCCUAGGUCAAUUGGAGAUGAAUUUUUUCGUCUCCAGUAUCUGCAAGAGCAACAUUUCUAAAGGAAACGGAGAAGCCAACUCACCCACAAUCACAACUGCAUCCUUCACCAUAUCCAGCACGGACAAUAAGUUCGUGAGUGUAGGCUGCGACACGUACGGGUAUCUCAACAACUACAUAAACAAUGUGAAAUACUCAACGGGGUGCUUGACAAGAUGUAACGAUGAGAAUCAAGUGAACAUCCAAAGCAUGCAGACAAGUAAAGGGGAGUGUUCGGGGAUAGGGUGCUGCCAGGUGGAUAUACCUCCUGGAAUGACGAACAUUAGUAUACAAGCCUUCUCCUUUAAAAAUUUCAGUUACUCUUCCAAUCUCAACAGCUGCAGCUCUUCGUUUGUGGUGAAAAAUGGGAACUACACUUUCUCGCUGGAUGAUUUGAAAAAACUUCCAUUCGAUAAGGCUCCCAUGGUCGUUGAUUGGAGGGUUGGAAAUGAAGCGUGUAAUGCGUCCAAGGAUAAAAGUAACUAUGCGUGCUCGAAUAACAGCGACUGCGAGGACCCACCCUCCGCCAAUGGAAAUGGCUACCGAUGCAAAUGUAAAGCAGGGUUUGAGGGCAACCCUUACCAAGGUUGCACAGAUUAUUGUCGUGAAACUCCCGGUUCUUUUGAAUGUUUCUGUCCCGAUGGACUCAUCGGAGAUGGAACAAUAAAAGGCGGAGGAUGUCGACAAAAGCCUCGGCCUGAUCUAUUUGCCAAGAUCGUCAUUGGCGCAGGCGCAGGAUUAAUCGCUCUCUUUAUUGGGGUUUCUUGGCUAUACUUGAUGUACCAGAAAAGAAAACUCCUCAAAUUAAAGGAGAAGUUCUUUCAGCAGAAUGGGGGCAUAAUUCUCAGACAGCAACUCUCUACAAGACAAGACUCCUCUCAAUCCACUACAAUUUUCAGUGCCGAGCAACUUAAGAGAGCCACCAAUGAUUUUGAUGAGAACUUAAUCAUCGGUAAAGGAGGUUUUGGUACAGUUUUCAAAGGAGUUCUCUCAAAUAAUAAUGUUGUUGCUAUAAAAAAGUCCAAAAUAGUGGAUCAGAGCCAGGUGGAGCAGUUCAUUAAUGAGGUCAUUAUACUGUCACAAAUUAAUCACAGGAAUGUGGUCAAACUCUUGGGUUGUUGUCUAGAGACAGAAGUUCCUUUACUGGUCUAUGAAUUUGUUAAUCUUGGAACCCUUUUUGAUUAUGUACAUAAUCAAGAUCAGAAGGCUAAUGUGUGUUGGAAAACGCGUCUAAGGAUUGCCACGGAGGCAGCUGCAGCUCUGGCUUAUCUACACUCAGCAGCUUCCAUACCCAUCAUCCACAGAGAUGUGAAGACUGCCAACAUACUCUUAGAUGACACUUACACUGCCAAAGUGUCUGACUUCGGAGCUUCAAGAUUGGUUCCACUUGACCAAACUGAAAUAGCCACAAUUGUGCAAGGAACCUUUGGCUAUUUAGACCCAGAGUACAUGCAAUCAAGCCAAUUGACCGAAAAAAGUGAUGUCUAUAGCUUCGGGGUAGUGCUUGUAGAACUGCUAACAGGGGAGAAACCUUUCUCCUUUGACAGGGCAGAAGAGAAUCGAAGUAUUACAGUUCACUUUCUAUGCAGCUUGAAAGAGGAUCGUCUGUUUGAAAUUCUUCAGAUUGGUAUUUUGAAUGAAGAAAAUAAGCAGGAGAUUAUGGAGGUUGCUGUUCUUGCUGCCAGGUGCUUGAGACUUAGGGGGGAGGAAAGGCCUAGCAUGAAGGAAGUGGCAAUGGAAUUGGAGGGAAUAAGGCUUAUGGAGAAACAUCCUUGGAUCAACAAUACAGGCCAAAAUUUUGAGGAGAGUCAAUACUUGCUUGGUGAGGCACAAAGCACUCGUGAACAUGGUGACAGUAGUAGCCAACAAAAUACUGGAUAUGAUAGCUUGAGACAACUCGAGUUAAUUGACUUCGGUAAAGGAAGAUGA